AUGGCACUCGACAAUAACAAGAGGAUAAAGCAUUCCGCAAGUGAAAUGCAGAAAUUAAUGGACAAUAAAGAACUGUUCCUUGAAUCCCAGGCCUCAGAUCAGGACAUCCAGACAAGGUCCGAGGCUCUAAACAGUUCAAUCAAAACAUGGUCUGUGAGCUUCAUGAGACAGAAGGAGGACCCCGUGUUCCAUAAGAAGUGGUUUUCGGCCUAUUUGGAUAUUGCGCCAUCAUGCCAAGUGACACAGCAUCUCGAGCGUUUCCCAGUUGCGACACAGUCCAGCGAGACACCUCCACCCCCAGAGAGUCUCGAUCUUUGGCUUCGAGGAGUGGAACGGAAGAGUCUAGAUGCGUUAGAGAUGAAACUAUUCUGUGCAGACCCAAGACAGAUGAGCCCACGGGCUUUCAGCGACUGGAGAGCCUUCACGGUAGGCCUGUUAUCUAAGACGAAUACGGACGCGAGGCUCGCAGAGGGGUCGAUCGAGCGAAUCAAUACUAGUGUUCAGGAUGUCAUGAUCCUUGUCGAAGCAUGGGCGCAACCUGCCAAGCUUCAAUAUCUCGAAGAUGACUUAUGUGCAAUAUUUUUGGAGGCUGUCGAACUGUCCCGAAUCCUGCGCAGGCAACGGUGGCUCUGGGCAUCGACGGCAUGCAUACCCAGCGAGGAGCUGCAGACGAGCGUCGGACGGGAAGUCGUCCGGUCUAGGAGAAAAACCUGCCGGUUCCUGGAAACGAACUUCGUGGUCUCGCAGACGGGUGGUGAGGCUUUUGUGGAAAGGGGCAACGUGCUUACUGUGCAGGUGGUCAGUUAUCUGCGAACCUCAUGGGCAUAUUGCACAGCGGCACCGCUGGGAAAGGGUGAGAUUUUGCGACUGCUCCCAAAUGAGGCUACAUGCUUCAAACACAUCGUCGAUGGACUUGCCAUCGCCAACAACUGGGAUUGA